GUGUUAUUGCUUGCCAUCUGAUAACUGCUUUUACAAUGACUGAGCUCACAAGUCUGACUCAGUAGUGAAGGGAAAGAUUUUACAUAGAGAAGCCAUGACUUAUUCCACUAUGGGGAAGGACUCCUAUUCCCUAAUAUUCAGCAAAUACAGAUUGGUGGAGAAGCCCCUGAGUGGCUUAUCAGCCUGCUGACACAUGUGAAAGAAGAGCCUGCCAUAAAAGAGACCAUUGGAGGCAGGGAAGGGAUAUUUUUGUCUGGCUGGAGCUGUGGGGAUAGGGUCUGGACACCAGAACCCACAUCGCUCCCGAACCAAUGGGUAUUAAUCAGAAAAUAGACUUUUCGGACCCCAUGUCACAGCCAAACUUGGAUGAAAUAAAGGAUCAGAUCAAGCGCGAAAUCAGAAAAGAACUUAAAAUUAAAGAAGGUGCCGAAAACCUCCGAAAGGUUACUACAGAUAAAAAAAACUUGGCUUAUGUGGACAAUAUUUUAAAGAAGUCAAAUAAAAAGCUAGAGGAAUUGCAUAACAGUCUUCAGGAGCUAAAUGCACAUAUUGUUGUUCGGGAAGCAGAGGACCUUCCAGAUUGUCCCAAGACACCAGACACUCCGAAAAGUGACUCCGGCUCAUCGGCGCACAAUGGAAGGCUCCUAGCAUUGCAGAAGCAGUUAGACAUUGAGCUGAAAGUGAAGCAGGGAGCAGAGAACAUGAUACAGACCUAUUCUAAUGGUCCCUCAAAAGUUUUACAGGAUAGAAAGAUGCUUGGGACCGCCCAGCAAAUGCUACAAGACAGCAAAACAAAAAUAGAAGUAAUACGUAUGCAGAUUCUUCAGGCAAUGCAACAGACAAAUGAAAUGACCUUUGAUAAUGCAAAACCUGUGAUUAGUCCACUUGAGCUCCGAAUGGAAGAAUUACGACACCACUUUAGGAUAGAAUUUGCAGUGGCUGAAGGUGCAAAAAAUGUAAUGAAGCUGCUUGGCUCUGGUAAAGUUACAGACCGGAAAGCCCUUUUAGAAGCUCAGUCAAGGUUUAAUGAGUCUAGUCAGAAGCUGGACCUCUUGAAGUAUUCUUUAGAGCAAAGACUUAAUGAACUCCCAAAAAACCAUCCGAAAAGCAGUAUUAUUAUUGAAGAGCUCUCACUUGUGUCUCCAACACUAAGCCCAAGGCAAAGCAUGAUCUCCACGCAGAACCAGUACAGUACACUGUCCAAGCCAGCUGCUUUAACAGGUACCUUGGAAGUCCGACUCAUGGGAUGCCAAGAUAUUCUGGAGAAUGUCCCUGGCAGGUCCAAAGCCACUACCAGCACCAUUCCAGGCUGGAGCCCAAGUGAAACCAGAUCAUCUUUCAUGAGCAGGACAAGUAAAAAUAAAAGUGUCAGCAGUCGGAAUCUCCUGAAGACAGAUGACUUUUCCAAUGAGGUCUGUGCUGUUCUGAAGCUUGACAAUACUGUAGUCGGGCAGACCAACUGGAAACCUAUUUCAAACCAGUCAUGGGACCAGAAGUUUACGUUGGAGCUGGACAGAUCCCGAGAAUUGGAGAUUUCGGUGUUCUGGAGAGACUGGAGAUCUUUGUGUGCUGUGAAGUUUCUGAGGUUAGAAGAUUUCCUAGACAACCAGAGACAUGGCAUGUGUCUGUACCUGGAGCCACAGGGCACGCUCUUUGCAGAGGUAACCUUUUUCAAUCCCGUUAUUGAAAGAAGACCAAAACUCCAGAGACAGAAAAAGAUUUUUUCAAAGCAACAAGGAAAAACAUUCCCCAGAGCUCCACAGAUGAACAUUAACAUUGCCACAUGGGGGCGACUUGUGAGACGGGCAAUUCCCACAGUUAAUCACUCUGGCACUUACAGCCCUCAGAUUUCUGUUCCUUCUGCCAUGCCGAUUGUGGACCCACAGAGCGUGGAGCUAUCUCCGUCAGUGAGCGAAUCUCCUAUAGGCAAGCUGGACUUUGAAAUAGAGCCAGAAGCACCUGAUGUUCCACCCCGGGUGUCAUCACUAGACCUUGAUGUCUAUCAGGCUUCAAUAGACAUUAAAGUACCAAGCAUACCAGCUCAGGAUCCUGGGACAAAUUAUGAAUAUUCAAAUAGAAACAAUGUAGCUACAAAACCGAUAACCGAUUUAACAGGUGAAGGGGAAAUCACUGUGUCAGAUGUGGAAUAUAACUCUCUACGAGAGACGGAGGAAAAAGGAGUGCAGCCUCGGUUCCAGUUCAGCUUGAAGGACUUCCACUGUUGUGCAGUAUUAGGCAGAGGACAUUUUGGAAAGGUGCUGCUGGCAGAGUACAAAAACACUAAUGAAAUGUUUGCAAUCAAAGCCUUAAAGAAAGGAGAUAUUGUGUCUCGUGAUGAAGUUGACAGCCUUAUGUGUGAGAAGCGCAUCUUUGAAACUGUGAAUAGUGUGCGGCACCCGUUCCUGGUGAACCUGUUUGCUUGUUUCCAAACCAAAGAUCACGUGUGCUUUGUGAUGGAGUAUGCAGCUGGAGGAGACUUGAUGAUGCACAUUCACACGGAUGUUUUUUCUGAACCAAGAGCUGUGUUUUAUGCAGCUUGUGUGGUUCUUGGCUUGCAGUAUUUACACGAGCACAAGAUUGUUUAUAGGGAUUUGAAGCUGGACAAUCUCUUGUUGGAUACAGAAGGAUUUGUAAAAAUUGCUGACUUUGGUCUUUGCAAAGAAGGGAUGGGUUUUGGAGAUAGAACUAGCACUUUCUGUGGCACCCCAGAAUUUCUGGCUCCAGAAGUCCUCACUGAAACCUCCUAUACCAGAGCAGUGGACUGGUGGGGGCUGGGAGUCCUUAUUUAUGAGAUGCUUGUUGGUGAGUCCCCAUUUCCUGGAGAUGAUGAAGAGGAAGUAUUUGACAGCAUAGUCAAUGAUGAAGUCCGAUAUCCACGGUUCCUAUCAACAGAAGCCAUUUCUAUCAUGAGAAGACUAUUAAGAAGAAAUCCAGAGCGCCGCUUAGGAGCAAGUGAAAAGGAUGCAGAAGAUGUAAAAAAGCAUCCCUUCUUCAGACACAUAGACUGGCAUGCGUUGUUGGCAAAGAAGGUGAAGCCUCCGUUUGUACCCACGAUCAAAGGACGGGAAGAUGUGAGCAAUUUCGACGAUGAAUUUACCUCCGAAGCCCCCAUCCUCACCCCUCCCCGAGAGCCGCGGUUGCUAACAGAAGAUGAGCAGGAUGCGUUCAGAGAUUUUGACUAUAUCGCGGAUUGGUGUUGAGAGCAAGGACACUGUGAAACUGGAGAGAACUGGCGAACAAGAUGACAAAAUAAAAACAGUCUCACCGCUUGUGCCAUCUUCAGUUCCAGAUUAAUUUUAUUUUUUAAAUCACAUGAAGAUUCUUUUAAAAGUACUUUUUUUAUUUUAUAUAUACAUAUAUAUAUAAAAAUGUGUGUGUAUAUAAACUCUGCGGAAGAGUGGCCACUUUCAGCAUACGCCCAUAUUUUUUUUUUUUUUUUUUACUAGCACUGGAGCAACUUUACACCUGGUCCUCUGAGCAGGAGAACUUGGCCUGUGAUACUUACAUAUCUGUCCCCACCAUCUUUUUGUUUGGUCUCCCUACCUGCAGAGAAGAGAACUUUGGAAAAAAAAAUGCUUUAAAAAUUAACAAUAAUGAUUUGGGCAGCUGAUUGCAAUAAGCAGGUUAAUUCCUGAGACAUGUUUUAUGUAUCUGACAAUUUUAAUAUCGCUUACCCUCCAGGUACCUGUUUAGAGGUUUUAAUUUUAAAUGUACAAAGCUGAGAUAGUCGAAGUUAAAUCUUGUGUAUGAGGGGGCAUUGUGUCCCCACACCACCCCCCUUAAUCAUUUUAUGAAAUGGCGGAACUUGUAUUUGAAUUAGUGAAGUUCAAGUGUAUGUAAAAGCAAAACCACCCCUCCCUAUUUUAUUUUAGUUUUGGUUAUAGUAGGAAAGGGUUAGACCCGCUGCAAGAAGAGUAAGGUUUGUUCAGUUUGGACAUAUAUUCUGGUGACAACUGGUUAAGAUGGGAAUUACCUCGCCUCAUCCUCCCAGUAGUACAGAAAUGGCAAAAAAAAAAAAAAAAGCAGAGGGUUUUAACUUUUUUCUCUGAUUUGUCCCAAACUGAAAAGAAAUAUGUAGGC